AUUUUUAUUCGUUACCACUUGCCGCUAAUUUGUGUUUGUUAUUAACUUGUUGAGUGAUAAAAAUAAAUUCUUUUAAAUUCAUUUCGAACAUAUAUGUUAACCGGGAGAAAUAAUGUUGAUAAAAAAAAAGAAACUGGGACAGAUUGAGUUGGAGUUGUAAUUGUAUAUUUCGUUUUAAAUUAGUUAAUAUUAAAAAUGGUUAAAGAACAAUUCAGAGAGACGAACAUUGCCAGUGAAGUGGCCAAUAUAUCCUUUGGAGUAGACAGUAUGCACGACAUGCUUCUACAAGCCAAUGUAGAAGUUAUAGCAAAAAAUUUGUACAAUGAAGACACCUCACGGACUCCCAUUCAACAUGGAGCACUGGAUAGACGUAUGGGUGCAAGUUCCAUGAAUACUGGGCAUGAAUGUAAGACCUGUGGGAAGAAAUUGAACGAUUGCAUGGGACAUUUCGGUUACUUGAAUCUGGAACUGCCAGUUUUUCAUGUCGGCUACUUUAAAUCCAUCGUUCAAAUCCUACAAAUGAUUUGCAAGAGAUGCGCCCAUAUUCUGCUAACACCAGAGGAAAAGAAAUUUUAUUUACGUAAAGUACAAAAGCCAAGUCUGACAUACUUGGAGCGCAAGGCAUUGCGUAAGAAAGUUUGGGAGAAAGCAAAGAAAAGGACAGAAUGUCCGAAUUGCAAAUCGAACAAUGGCCCUGUUAAAAAAGCUAGUUUCCUUAAAAUUAUACAUGAAAAGUAUAAAAAUUUGAAGAAAACGGAUCCUGUUGUUCAAGACAAAUUGUCCGAGUUCAGUACAAUAAUGGAACGUGACAGAGAAUUUCAGAGUAUAGUGGAUCAAAAUUAUAGAUCGGUAUUAACUGAAACACUGUAUCCAAAUAUGGUUAGAAAACUCUUUAGUAGAAUCCCAGACGGUGAUAUUUAUCUUUUGCUGAUGAAUCCCGACUCUGGAUCGCCAGUAGAUUUAAUAUUGACGAGAAUUCCUGUGCCACCGAACUGUAUCAGACCUAGUCUCGUGUCUGACCUAAAAGCUGGUACCAAUGAAGAUUAUCUGACAAUGAAAUUAUCGGAAAUAGCGCUCAUCAAUGAUGUUAUUCGCAAAAACAUUGGCGUUAACGUGCAACUGUACAUGGAACAUUGGGACUUCCUCCAGUUGCAUUGCGCUCUUUACAUCAACAGCGAAAUAUCUGGAAUUCCUCUUCAUAUGCAACCAAAAAAAUCUGGUAGAGGACUAGUUCAAAGACUGAAAGGGAAACAAGGUCGUUUCCGGGGUAAUUUAUCUGGCAAACGUGUCGAUUUCACUGCUCGCACAGUGAUCUCUCCUGAUCCAAAUCUCCGAAUAGAACAAGUCGGCGUUCCUAUACACGUCGCGAUGACCUUGACGUAUCCUGAAAUGGUUCAUUCGGCGAAUAUAGAAUUAAUGCGCCAGUUAGUCAGAAAUGGUACGGACGUGUAUCCCGGUGCUAAUUUUAUACAAUACAAGAAUUCGCAGGCCGGCAAACGGUACCUUAAGUAUUCUGAUCAGAAAAAGAUUGCCGACAAUUUACAGUACGGAGACAUCGUUGAGCGACAUCUCAGAGACGACGACAUAGUACUGUUUAAUCGGCAACCGUCCCUGCACAAAUUGAGUAUAAUGUCGCACAGGACCAAAGUGUCGACGACGCAUCGAACGUUCAAGUUCAACGAAUGCGUCUGCACGCCGUACAACGCGGAUUUCGAUGGUGACGAGAUGAAUCUCCACGUACCGCAGACGGAAGAAGCCAGAGCGGAAGCACAGAUUUUGCUGGCUAACAAAUCGAAUCUGGUUACACCUCGCAACGGCGAACUGCUGAUAGGAGCGACACAGGAUUUCAUCACCGGCGCUUACAUGCUGACGCAUAAGAACUCGUUUUUCAGUCUAACGCAAGUUACCGAAUUAAUGUUUUGCUUCAUGGCCGCUCCGGAUGACACUAUGAGCAUAACUCUCCCCAAGCCUGCGAUCUUAAAACCGAUGAAAUUGUGGACCGGCAAACAGAUAUUCAGUCUGAUUAUGCGACCGAGUGCGGAGUGUCCUGUCAAGAUAAAUCUAAAGACCAGCGGCAAGACUUACACGAGUAACGAGGAAUUUUGCGUUAACGAUUCCUAUGUUAUCAUUCGCAAUUCCGAGCUUCUUGCUGGAACGAUGGAUAAAUCUACGAUGGGCUCGGGAUCGAAGCAGAACAUAUUUUACGUUGCGCUGCGCGACUGGAGCGAGAAUGUCGCCACUACGGCCAUGUGGCGCUUAGCGAGAUUGUCGACUGCUUUUAACAUAAUCAAAGGUGUCUCUCUCGGUAUAGUGGAUAUCCUGGCCACUACGCAUCUCCUUCAGGCCAAAGAGAAAAUGCUGAACGCUCGUUACUUGAAGUGCAACGAAUACAUUGAAUUGAUGGAGGAUGGCCGUCUAGUUUGCCGACCUGGCUAUUCGAAAGAGGAAACUCUGGAAACGAAGAUAUUAAACGAGCUCUCAGCGAUUCGUGAUAACAUCGGUAAAGUCUGCUUGAAGGAGCUGUUGCCUUCGAAUAUUGCUCUGAUCAUGGCGCUCUGUGGCAGUAAAGGCAGUUUUAUCAACAUCUCACAGAUGAUUGCUUGCCUGAGUCAACAAGCUAUCAACGGACAGAGAGUGCAGAAUGGAUUUGAACAUCGUACUCUGCCUCUGUUUCCGCAACAAUUGAAGACUCCGCAGGCUAAGGGUUUCGUGCAGAAUUCCUUCUUAACUGGAUUAUCUGCGGGGGAAUUUUACUUCCACGCGAUGGCUGGACGAGAAGGGUUAACAGAUACCGCUGUAAAGACUGCAGAGACUGGGUACAUGCAGAGACGAUUGAUGAAGAGCUUGGAAGAUCUGUGCAUUCAUUACGACAUGACGGUGCGUAACUCAAUGCACAGUAUCAUACAGGUUCCAUACGGUGGAGACGGAUUGGAUCCUACUUACAUGGAAGGUAAAGACUGUCCGGUAGAUUAUAAGAGAUUAUACGAUCACAUAAGAGCAAAGUUACCAUAUAAAAACGAGGAACCCUUGGACGGUGCUAAUGUAAUCAAUGCCACAAACGAGAUGUUAGCUUCCGAGGAGUACGAGUGCCUGAGUGUGGAAUUUAAGCAAGAACUCACCGCCUUUCUGAAAUCAAUGGCGCGGAAAAUAGUACGUUACCGGCAAAAUGUUAAGACGGAUUCGUCGGUGACGACGCAACUGGAACGUUUGACCGUUUCACAAUUGGUGGAGUUUAUCCAUACGUGCAAAGAGAAGUACAUGAAAGCUAUAAUAGAGCCAGGCACGGCUGUAGGCGCGCUCGCCGCGCAAAGUAUCGGCGAGCCGGGCACUCAAAUGACCCUGAAAACAUUUCACUUUGCCGGCGUAGCGGCCAUGAACAUCACGCAGGGUGUGCCGCGUAUCAAGGAAAUUAUUAAUGCCAGUCCAAAGAUCAGUACACCAGUUAUAACAGUGUCAUUGAUAAAUGAAACAGAUCCGGUAUUCGCCGCGCAAGUUAAAGCAAGAAUCGAAAAGACAACUUUGAAAGAUAUACUGGAAUAUUUCGACGAAGUAUAUUUGUAUAAUGAGCAUUUCUUUAUUAUGCAAUUGGACAUGAAGAGAAUUAAAUGUCUACAGUUAGAGGUAGACGUUAAUUCAAUAAGCUACGUAAUUUGCACAUCGAAAUUGAAAUUAACGCCGAAGAAUGUACGCGUAAUAAACGAGUCGACUAUUAUUAUUCAACCAAAUUCACAAAAGGAAUGCGUCAGUUUUCCGUUUUCUCAACUGCGAAAUGCCAUUCCAAAUAUUGUGAUAAAGGGCCUGCCAUCUGUCUCUAGAGUAGUCGUAGAUAAUGUGGACAUCGGUGGCAGAACGAAGUAUACAUUGUUUGUCGAGGGAGAUAAUUUUAGAGAGGUCAUGGCGACACGUGGCGUCCUAGGCGAAAAGACGACGUCGAAUAAUACGAUAGAAGUAUACAAAACGCUCGGAAUAGAAGCUGCGAGAACGACUAUCAUGACAGAGAUCAAAUCGGUAAUGGAGAAUCAUGGAAUCAAUAUUGAUCGUCGACACCUAAUGCUUUUAGCGGAUUUGAUGACAAGUACAGGAGAAGUGCUUGGUAUUACGAGACAAGGUUUGGCGAAGAUGAAAGAGUCAGUCUUAAAUUUAGCAUCGUUUGAGAAAACAGCUGAUCAUUUAUUCGAUGCAGCUUAUUAUGGACAAAAGGAUAUUAUAUGCGGCGUAUCGGAAUCAAUUAUAAUGGGUAUUCCAAUUCCAGCAGGCACAGGCACCUUCAAACUUCUUUACAAGACAGAGAAGGAUGAAUUAAUCAAAAGGGAACUUCUGUUUGAUAAUCCGCAAUUUCACAAAUUAUUUUACCAAGGAAGACGACGUCAACGAAUCCGACCACGAGAAGUAUUACAGGAGAUUUCAUAAAGUUUUCUCGUAACACUCGAAUAAAAUGUUCAACGUGUAAUUCGAGUUUAAUAAUUGAACGAGAAGAAAAGGAUAUCAGAAUGGUUAGUGAAAAUGAAUUCUGGUCUGAGAUUCGCAAGGAUAUACCACGAUACAAAAAGAGGAAACCACGGGUUGUUCCAGCCUUCACUAUUCAAGCCUUGCAGG